AUCAUUCAUGCACUACUAACGAUAACCAUAAAAGUAUGGACAGAAAGAUGCUACAACAUCUCUUCUUCUUGUCUAAAUUUCUAUUGAAAUUACUUGGUUAUCCUCAAGGGUACCAUUGUAAGAGCAAGUGCUUAAAAUAUAUGAAAUAUGAAUCCAUGGCGAAUAAGUACACAUCACAAGAUUUACUAAACACUACUCUUGUGUUUGAGGUAGAAGGAGGGUUACUAAGAUCAACUUCACUCUUUCCUUACUUCAUGCUUGUUGCUUUUGAAGGCGGUGGCGUGUUGAGAGGUUUAGUAUUGUUCCUAUCUUACCCUUUGAUUUGUUUGGUUAGCAAAGAAAUCGGGUUGAAGAUCAUGAUAUUCAUAGGCUUUUUUGGGGUGAAAAAAGAUAGCUUUAUAAUUGGAAAGACUGUUUUGCCAAAAUUCUUUAUGGAGGAUUUAGGGUUCGAAGGAUUUGAGGUGGUGAUGAGUUGUGGAAAAAAGGUGGGUUUGAGUGAGUUUCCUAGGGUUAUGGUGGAACCUUUUUUGAAGGAUUAUUUGGGCGUUGAUUGUGUUCUAGGAAGGGAGUUGAAGGUAGUUUGUGGGUAUUAUGUUGGGCUAAUGGAGGAUGUGACGAUGAUAAUUAGAUCAAGUCUCUUGAUGAAUGAUAUGUUGAAUGAGCAAAGAGACUCCCAUCUCAUUGGUUUUGGUUGCUCUAGCAAGAUAUAUGACUACCAACAAAUUUUCGCUCAUUGCAAGGAAAUAUAUUUGGUAAGCGAGUCCGAGAAAAAAAGAUGGAGAGCCCUUCCUAGAGACAAGUACCCAAAGCCAUUGGUUUUUCAUGACGGAAGGAUCGCGUUUGUGCCAACGUUUCAGAGAACAUUCGCAAUGGUCAUGUGGGUUCCAUUUGGGUUCUGGCUUGGCCUUUUAAGGAUCCUAAUCGCAAUCACCUUUCCUUACACCAUCUCCAUACCCGUCUUUUCUUUUACAGGAAUGGGAGGUAGACUAUAUACUACUACUAAUUCAUCAUAUUCAUUGGCUAAAGACGAUAUCGUUGACAUGAAAGGAAAAGAUGAUCCAAUCAACAGCCAGGGCAAAGGCACGUUAUACGUGUGUAAUCAUAGAACAUUACUCGAUCCAAUCUAUAUUUCGAUGGCGAUCAUGAAACCAGUAACUGCCGUUACGUAUAGUGUGAGUUGGUUAUCAGAGCUCUUGUCCCCAAUUAAUACUUGUCAUUUGAGUAGAAACAAAGAAAAGGACUCGAAAAUGAUGAAAAUGUUGCUUCGGCAAGGUGCUCUUGUAGUUUGUCCUGAAGGGACUACUUGUAGGGAGCCCUAUGUUCUCAGAUUUAGCCCCUUGUUUGCGGAAAUUGGCAACGAAAUUGUCCCUGUUGCUAUUGAUGCUAAGACGAAUAUGUUUUAUGGGACAACCGCAAGUGGUUUCAAGUUUUUGGACCCUUUGUUCUUUGUCUUGAACCCGGUUGGGAUUUAUCACGUCAAGAUUCUUAAAAAGUUGUCAACUGCAAAUAUACGUGAUCAGCAAUCGGGGAUUGAGAUGGCCAAUCGGGUACAAAAACAGAUCGCUGAAGCUCUAGGGUUUGAGUGUACAAAUUUAACAAGAAGAGAUAAGUAUAUGAGCUUGGCAGGAAACGAAGGUGUCGUAUAAUUUAAGGAUCAAACAUUUAUAAUUGUAUAGAAGAGAUACCGCAAGAUGUGUUUAUUUAUAUUAUUCGGUAUACAAAAAUUAUAUGUAGAAUUAAGUCCAGAAGUUCUGUUCUGUCCAUAUGAAAUGUAUAAGUGGUGGUUGAUAGAUGUUUCUUGGAGAGUUUGUAACACAUAUAUAUGUUCAAUUAACGAAAA